AUGUUACCUACCAGAGCGCUGCUUCGCUCCGGCAUGAGGCCUGCGCCUCGGCUGCAGAUGACAUGGGGCCUGCCCCGGCCAAUUGCUCAAUUCCAGCGACAUGGAGCUAUCGUGCACGCCGCGUCCAAAGCAUGGGAGAGUACCGUAACCGGCGACGAGAAAUCCGGGCAUAUCGCCACUUCGGAGAGCGAAUCCAUUCUCUUCUUUGACAACCUCUUUCCUCUCAAGCUCACCUACCUCCUCCGACGGUCAUGGCAGUCAGACCGUGACCUGACCGACCUUCUCAAGCGCUUCGAUAGCUCUGGCGGAGGCCUUGGCACCGAUCCAAUCAACCUAGUAAAACGAGCGAUCCCCGACGAUCUCCCAAUCAAAGUCACAGAGAUCCUACCGCGACUCAAGGACGGAGGAGCUUUUGUAAAAUUCAGCCAUGGCUCCGACGUUGUACCAAAAGAUAUUGAGACAUCUCUCGCUCGUUCGCUGGAGAAACAUCCCCUCAGACCAUGGUUCAACCCCUUUCGUGGGGUUCAGGCAGGAUUGGUCAAGGGAGUUCCUUGGCUAGAGGAUCUCUACCGGUUUCCCAAAAGUCGUGUCAAGGUCGAGUUCACAGGAAAAGAUGCAGGCGGCGAGGCCGUCGAACUCUCACAGGAGAACCUCUACAGUCUGUUUCGCAGAUACGGUAAAAUUGCCGAGAUAACUUCACAGCCUUCCGACUCGAAGGUUCUUCCAAAGUAUGCGUACAUCGACUUUGCGCGCGUCCGCGACGCCAUCAUGGCGAGAAAUUGUCUUCAUGGAUUCCUGGUUGACGAAGGUCUUGGUGGCGGAAAGAUUGGCACAAGGCUUCGCCUAUCCUAUGAGCAAAAGGUCAAACCGCACAACAUCUGGAACUGGCUCACUAGCCAUCCUAGGGUGGUAAUUCCCGUCGUUGCCGCCCUCCUUGCUGCCAUCACAGUGGCCAUCUUCGACCCCAUACGCGAAUUCUUCGUCAAGGCCCACAUCCAACAUUCUUUCCGACUGAGCAACAACAAAUUCUACCGAUGGAUCAAGAGCCAGACUUCCGACAUUUUCUCCUCAUUUGGGCACAAGAAGGCUGACAAGGCCGGGUUCAGUGCAGUUUGGCAGCAUCGCCGAGACCUUAUCGAGCAGAUCCAGACUUGGCUCCUUGAGAGCUCCGACACUUUCAUCGUUGUUCAGGGCCCUCGGGGUUCAGGCAAAAAGGAGCUCGUCUUGGACCAGUCACUCAAGGGUAGGAAAAACGUUUUGGUGAUCGACUGCAAGCCGAUCAUCGAGGCAAGGGGCGAAAGUGGAACCAUCAAACACCUAGCUGCCGCCGUGGGCUAUAAGCCGAUCUUCGCUUUCUUGAACAGCAUGAGCAGCAUGAUCGAUUUGGCAGUUCAGAGCACGACUGGGGUCAAGGCUGGCUUUUCCGAGACGCUGGAGUCGCAGGUGGUCAAAAUCCUUCACACAACCGCAGAGGCCCUAAAGGAAGUCUCCCUCGCCGGGCGCGACAAGGAUGGCAAGGAUGGCGACCUUUCAGACGACGCAUACUUGGAGGCCCGUCCAGACAAGCGGGCUGUUGUGGUCAUUGAUAACUUUUUGCACAAGAACGAAGGCUCAAGCCUGGUCUACGACAAGGUUGCGGAAUGGGCUGCGGCAAUGGUUCAGAAUAAUGUUGCCCACGUCAUCUUCUUGACAGACGACACCUCUUACUCAAAAUCGCUAUCGAAGGCGAUGCCGGAUCGCGUCUUCCGCCAAGCUGCUUUGGGUGAUCUCUCCCUUGAUGUUGCCAAGAAAUUCAUCAUCAGUCGUCUCGAAGAGGACGAAAUUGAAAAGGUCCGAGAACAGUCCAAGGAGGCAGAGGAGAAGAAGGAUAAGCCCGAGCAACACCGAAAACCCGAUCUCUCGGAGCUGGACUCGGCAAUUGGAAUCCUCGGUGGCCGUCUCACAGAUCUCGAAUACCUUGCUAGACGACUAAAGGGUGGCCAAAGCCCCCAGCGCGCCAUUGAAGAUAUCAUCAACCAGAGCGCCACUGAAAUCGUCAAGAUGUACCUUUUGGGUGGCAAGGAUACUGUUGAGGGCAAGAAAUGGUCCACCGAGCAGGCGUGGUACUUGAUCAAGGCGCUUGCUUCUCACGAUGCUCUUCGAUACAACGAGGUUCUCCUGUCCGAUACAUUCGCCUCUUCCACCACCCCUGGCGCCGCGAACGGGGAGUCAGCCUUGGAAGGACUUACAAAUGCAGAGCUCGUUACGGUAGAGACCUACAAUGGCCGGCCGCAAACGAUCCGCCCAGGAAAGCCAAUGUACCAAGCAGCAUUCAGUCUUCUGCUUGAGGACCGUGUUCUUAGGGCCAAAAUGGACUUGGCCCUUCUGAAAGAGCUUACGAAGGUUGAGGCAAAAGUCAUCGAAAAGGCUGAAGGAGAGCUGGCGCUGUUGGGCAGCCUGCCAAAACAGCCUGCUCAAACCGGGUCUCGAGUAACGUACCUGCUCGAAAAGCUCGAGGGCAGUCAAGUCAAGAUCACAAAGUAUGAGAAGGAGAUUGCAGCUCUCAAAACGGUUCUCAAGCACAACUACUAA